CAGUUUGUUGUCUUGGAUACGGUCAAGCUAAUGUGCAACCCAUGGCUAAAAUUAUAGGCGCGAAGAAGUCUAUUUGGCAGCAGAUAUGCAGCGAAUAUGAGGCAGAGCAGCCCAAAGCUCCAGGCUCUUGGUCGGACAACAACUCGGACACCACGUCUGUUACUCAGUACAGCGCAAGCAAACACACGCCCGUUUUCUAUGGGUUGGCAACAGCGAAGGUGUCCGUAGAUGCCAAUCCUCUGCAGGACUUUGACCCGCUGCUGAGCCACCCUGCCCUGGCAGGCUACGCGGUGCUGGGGGGCGAUAACAGCACCACCACUACUACCACCACCGCUACCACCACCACCGCCACCUCUACGCCACCCGCUCCACCUGCCUCCCCACAACACAGCCCAGGACUGCUGCAUCAGCGUCCUACCACUGCUUACCUGGAGGAGGCCUUGUUCCCUGUUCUGCUGCCUGGGCUAGAAGCCAUGCUCAUGGAAGCACAGAAACGACAAUGCCUACAGAGGAAGCGGAGUGCCUUCAACGCCUGUGACUUCCUUACACAUUGGCUCUACAACAACAACCCCAAGAGGGCGGGGCUUCCUUCAACUGAGCUGCUGAGCAUCCCUUUUGUCACGCAGUGGCUCAGCGCACAUCCUAGGCCCUCCAUCCCUCUCUCCCUGUUGCUGUCGGACCACGAGGCAGCCCUCCUCAUACAGUCCUACUGGAGAGGGUACAAGGUGCGUGUGUGUCCUGAAGUGCAGGAGUUGCGUGUGUGGCAGCGGGAGCUGAGAGAGGAGAGGGGCGACAUCAACCGGACCGUCAAACAGUUCUGGGCUCGCCAGGACAGCAGAGUGGGUUCUGACCUGGCUGACUUUGAGGAGGCGGAUCAUCAGCAGCAGCAUCCACAGCAGCACCAAUCAGAAGUCUGCAUCCAGGUGCUAAGCCCCACCCCCCUGAGCACGGUGAUGGAGACACCGGUUGCCAUGACAACCCCCGAGGCCGGCGUGGACUUCCUGAUUCCCAGCAUGCCUCACUCAGAGGUCGCGACCCCUGCUGCAGCCAUGGCGACGAGAGUGGCGGACGCCUCCCCCUCUCUGCUCGCCACACAGUAACUCAUCGACCAGUGCCUGCAUGUGUGAGUGUGUGUGUGUGUGUCUGUGUGUGUGUGUGUGUGUGUGUGUGUGUGUCUGUGUGUGUGCAUGACUGCGCAUGGGUGUGAGAGUGUGUUUGUUGUUGUUUGUGUGACUGUGCACAUGUGAGAGGGAGACAGACAGCGAAACAGAGAGAGAAACUGUGUGUGUGUGUGUGUGUGUGUGUGUGUGUGUGUGUGUGUGUGUGUGUGUGUGUGUGUGUGUGUGUGUGUGUGUGUGUGUGUGUGUGUGUGUGUGUGUGUGUGUGUGUGUGUGUGUGUCCAUGUGCGUGCAGAUGGCUGGUGUUUGAUUAGGCCGCUGGUUUAAAGGGCAAACGCUGCAGGCGUCAUUCUCACAACAGGGUGCACAUACACACACACACACACACACACACACACACACACACACACACACGUGCAGGCAGAUUGUUAUUGGGAAUAGCUGUAGUGGGACAGCUGACUGAGCAGUAUGAUCUGAUCUGAUCUCCAAUGUUAUUUCACAGUCACCACAGAGCCCUUCUCACCACGCGGGUGUGUAUGUGUGUGUGUGUGUGUUCGGGUGUGUGUACGUGUGUGUGUGUGUGUGUGUGUGUGUGUGUGUGUGUGUGUGUGUGUGUGUGUGUGUGUGUGUGUGUGUGUGUGUGUGUGAUGUAGGGUAAAGGGUAAUGUCAUGUUGAGCUGAGAGAGAGAGAGAGUGUGAGUUAAUGUUUUUAUGAAAUUCAAAGAAUAAUAAAAACACAUGAAAUACCGCA